AUGUGGCAAACACUUUAUUCAGAACAGCUUCCUCAUGGAAGGACCCACACUGGAGAGAAACUCUACCAGUGCUCCCAGUGUGGCAAAAGGUUUAGCACACACACCAAUCUGGUGAGACACAAGAGGACUCACACUGGGGAGAAACCCUUUGAUUGUCCUGAUUGUGGAAAAAGUUUCAGCCAGAAUUCUGACCUGGUGAUCCACCAGAGGACUCACACGGGAGAAAAACCAUAUAAGUGUCCAGAGUGUGGGAAAAGUUUCACUAAGAAUUUCAAUCUGGUGAUACACCAGAGGACUCACACAGGAGAUAAACCAUAUGAGUGUCUGUAUUGUGGGAAAAGAUUCAGUCAGAAUGCCAACCUGGUAAUACACCAAAGGACUCACACAGGAGAAAAACCAUAUGAGUGUCUGUAUUGUGGAAAAAGUUUCAGUCAGAAUGUCAACCUUGUAAUGCACCACAGGACUCACACAGGGGAGAGGCCAUUUGAGUGUCCGGAUUGUGGCAAAAGUUUUCAGCAGAAUUCCAAGCUGGUGAUACACCAGAGGACUCACACAGGUGAGAAACCGUAUGAAUGUCUGGAAUGUGGGAAAAGUUUCAAGGAAAAUUCCAGCCUACUGUUACAUCAGAGGACUCACACAGGAGAAAAACCAUAUGAGUGUCCAGAUUGUGGAAAAGCUUUUAGUAGGAAUUCCAACCUGCUGAUACACCAGAAGACUCAUACCGGAGAUAAACCAUAUGAGUGUCCAGAUUGUGGGAAAGGUUUCAAUUGGAAUUCAGACCUAGUGAUACACCAGAGGAUUCACACAGGAGAAAAACCAUAUGAGUGCCUGGAUUGUGGAAAAAGUUUCAGUCGGAAUUCUCACCUGGUAGAACACCAGAGAACUCACACAGGAGAAAAACCAUAUGAGUGUCCUGAUUGUGGGAAAAGUUUCUUUCGCAAUUCUAACCUGGUGGUACAUCAGAGAACUCACACAGGAGAGAAACCAUUUCAGUGUCUAGAGUGUGGUAAGAGUUUCCAUUGGAAUUCCGCUCUGGUGAUACACCAGAGAACUCACACAGGAGAAAAACCAUAUGAGUGUCUGGAGUGUGGGAAAAGUUUCAUUCGGAAUUCCGACUUGGUGAUACACUGGAGGACUCACACAGGAGAGAAACCGUAUGAGUGUCCAGAUUGUGGGAAAGAUUUCAGUACUCAGUCUAGCCUUAUAAACCAUGUAAGGUUACACAUAGGGGAGAAACCAUUCAAGUGCCCAGAUUGCGGACAAUGCUUCACACAAAAUUCCUCCUUUAUCACACAUAAGAAAUUCCACAUGAGACAAAAUUUGACGUGUAUAGAGGAAUCUUGAAUUUCUUAUCUCAUUGCAAGCUCAACUGAGAAAGUAACUAUUUUAAUUUCUUGCCUGAUUGUUUUUAAUCAAACAUGUCUUAAUAUUAAACAUGAUGGAGGAGAUCUGAAUUGAGAAAUCCAAGCUCUUUCUGAGCUUCCUUGCCUCUUGUGAAAGUGGAGAUGCAUGCGCAUGUGCACACUUCCCUGCCACUUGCACGGCCCUGUCGUUGGGGACCCCUGUCCUAG